UCUCCUUCUCUUUCCACCUCAGGUGCUCCAUAGUGGUCAAAUGCAUUAAUUUCCACUCAAGUCUGCCUGGACCAGUUAUACUUGAGAUGGGUAGACGGGCAGCUGAUCACACCACUCCAGUGCCAGUUCUAGGAGAGCCUGCACUUGUAGGAACACGCAUUUGGAGGAGCGUGGCAAAUGGGACCAGUAGUAUGGCUGCCCUGACACUGUCUCAUCACUGUAAUGUCGGUGUGCAAACAUCACCUGCAAUGAGAAACAACCAACUUCAGCUAAACGGCAAACAUGUGGAUGCUUGUAGAAGUCGAUCAGAAAAUAAAGUGAUCAUCCCACCUAAUGGCCACAUCCCAAACAAAGCUGGUAAAAAGGAGGAUAAUGGGAAAGAAAAAACGAAAAGUAUAAUUUCUAAACACAAAAGUCUGGAGGCUAAAAUAAAAAAGGGUGUGACUUUUGAGGGAUUGGAGAGGGAUAUUUAUAAAAACAUUAGGGAAGGAAUUCAGUGCCAUAAUUGUGCAACCAGAACCAGUCCUCCAUUGGGUGUGGAUAACAGCAAGUUAAAACAAAGAAGGAAAUGUCACUUCACCAAUGGGAGCGUGGUUGACUCAGAGGUAAUAGGUGGGAUCAGCAGUGAAAGCUGUAAAGGGGAGGAGUCUACCACAGGAAAGAAAAAAAUGUUACCUACUCACUCACCUCCUCACAGACCUCCUGUGACCAUCUGCAGCACUUGUGGAGGAAGACAGAAUCCAGCACCUCCUGGACUCUACAGCCAAAUAAGGAUGAUUACACAGCCAACUUCUGCAGGUUCUCUGGGACUCCAGUCGAGACAUUCAUCCCCUCUUUACCCUAGGAAUGACGUGCAGGAAUGCACGCAGAUAGGAAGGCACACCAGCUGCAGUGCUACACAGUCAGACCAGCACCUCAUGAGUCCUAACCUUCAUCCUUAUCUCAACAUGAAUAUAAACAAGGAAUGGCCAUUAUCUCUGCUGCCUGCUCAGCAGAGUGAGGAAUCAAACCUCACUAAUCAUCACGCAGUCAAGGGGGAAUCUAGUGCUGACAUACACAUUAAUCAUACCAGUCGCUCAUCGGCUCUAAACACACACAUUCUUACUGUUACCGUGAAAGAGGAUAGAGCCUCAACAAAGGUCUUAAACACACACUUGAACGCUCACAAACCUCACAACUCUUGUCCCCGCAGACCUCCUGUGACCGUCAUCCCUCCACAAACACACAAAAACAGCCUGACAGAGAAACUAGAAGCCACACAGGUGACAAAUGCCAGAACACCACACACAAACACUCACUUUAGAUCAUCUCACCAGCCACACCCUCAUGAGAAACAACCAACUCAAGGAAACCAAGUCGCACCUACACACUCAGAGUCCCCCCAGCCACAAAAUGAAACACACAUCAGACAUUUGCAGACUACUAUGAAACAACAAAUGUUCCCCCAAACUAGCACACCACAGAAAUCCAAUGCACUUUCGAAAUGCCCACGGUUAAAUCAGACAAGCACACUUUCAAAAUCCCCUGCCUGUUUUAAUUUACAUCCAAACGUUAAACGCCAAAGUUGUGUGAAUGAAGGUGUCGUAUCCUCCACUGCUUCAAACAUUCACAGACCGCUUCAAUUCCCUAAUGGAUUAGAGUCCAAGUUUGACACGAACACUAAACCAUCAAUGUGCUCACACACAAAUUUCGGCAUUAAACCUCAAAGCGGGACGCAAAUCUGUGCUGACACGGAGUCAGAAUCCUCACCCUGUGAUUCACGGUCGCAUUCUGCACUGGUGACACACACACAUAAACUCUCAGGGCCUCACGGUGAACCACGUCACGCAUCGAUACACAAAGGCACUUCUUCGCCUACUGACACGCACAUGGAGGCUUCCCACACAUCCACAAAGCGAACAAACACCAGUGGAACAUCACUGCAGGAUAUAUCUCUGCAUAAAGACACGCUGUCAUAUCCUUAUCGUGAGUCAAAAAGCCAAAAUGACACUCGUUUGUUUUCACAUGCCCCAAAUAUGUCAACCCAUCACAAAGCAACACUUACGACACAAACAAUCAACCAUCAGAACCUCUCAAAUUCAUUUACCGCCACUCAAACAGAGGUGGAGGUGCAUUCGUACACCAAAGAACGUUCUCAAACAAGCCCCGGGGUCAAAGCAGCCUCACACGCUUUGUGUGUUCAUUCGAAAACGCCACGUAGGCAGACAGAGCCUACGGUUUUCAGACACUGUGUCCUGAAUCAGCUUAAUAAUGACACUCUUGAGUCCUCAUUACUAGCCAUCUCUUCCACUAGGGCUUUUCCUCAAGCUACAACACACAACAGGACUGAACAGAAAUCUUGGAGUGACUCAGAGUCAAAGAAACAAAUUGAUAUUAAGGCAGCGGAAUCAGAAGUUAAAAUGACCAAUGGCUCCCAACACUCGCUUCAACCUCCAAACAAACCUCCUCCUUGUCGACCACCUAAACCUUCCUCUGCACCUCCACAAGCACCUGCUUUUAAAUUCGUAAAUGGGAAUCUGAAUGUGGCCUCCAAUCAAAACCCACAUUUAGAGACCUCAGACACUUUGCCUGCAGAGCACGCACAGAAAGAUGGGAGUCACCAGAACUCAAAGACGCAGAUGGAAUCUCGUUCUGAAGAGGCUGGGUCCAUCCCAAGUGAACAAUGUUCCAUAAUGCACGACCAUCCGGAUUCUGCAGUACGGUUGCUGCCUGCAUCCCCUAAAUGUGGCAGUGUGCGGGACCCUAAGCAUAGAUUAGAGAUGGUGGAGGCGAGUCUGCAGUCAAACAAGGAAAGAGUCACAACUCUGCUCAACAUCAUCCAGGACCUGGAGAUGAGCCAUGCAAUCAGCAAAGGUCUGCGAUGUUGUCAGACUGGCCAAGACCUCAGUGACUGUUCCACCUGUCAGAAAACUGCAUGUGCUGUCUACAGUGUGGAGUAUGACUUCCGUCAACAAGAGAGAAGAUUUAAGGAACUCCUCCAGAGUAUGUGCCCAUCAUCCCCAGAGAGGAGAGAAGGAUAUGAAGGAUCUCUUUCUUUACUCACCUUACUUAUUCAGAACCACAAAUUACACCAGCUAAAUGCAAAUAUUAUGACCCAAAGCCAAUCUGGAAGUCAAACCCACAGUCAGCCUCAGAUUAUUUCUCAGAUUAAGUGUCAGAUUCGGGCUCAGUCUCAAACUCAGCCACAGCCACAGAUUCAGUCUCAGCAUCAGGCUCAGCCAGAGAUUGAGUCUCGGAUUCAGCAUCAGAUUCAAUCUCAGCCACAGAUUGUGUCUCGGAUUAAGCCUCAGAUUCAAUCUCAAUCACAGAUUCCGUUUGAGCCACAAAUUCAGUCUCAGUCACAGAUUCCGUUUCAGCCACAGAUUCAAUCUCAAAACCAGAUUAUAUCUCAGAUUCAAUCCCAGACUGAGAUUCUGCCUCAGUUUCUGCCUCCGAUUCAGAUUAUGUCUCAGAUUCAGUCUCAGGCUCAACCCCAGAAUCAGUGCCUUUUCAAGGCUAAAAUAAAAAGGAAGAAAUUAUGCAGGAAGCUGUUUAGCUGGCUGCCACACAAAGUCCAAAUGAAAUGACUACAUAAUGCCAAGUAUCUGAUUUUCAUGCAUGACUCUCAACCCUCUGGUAUGUGGAUCCACAACUCCUUUUUCUCCUAAUGCAGUUGGAAGUCUGACAUAUUUUGUGGAAUGGAGCAAUAUAACAUGGCAUUCUGUGACUAACCUACCCAGGAGGAUUUAAAUUAUGAAACUAGUUUUCCUUGGAAAAUGAACUUGUACAACAUUUACUUUAAAAAUUAAUUAUACUAUUUCUCUACAGUUACAAUGAACAUGAUGCUUGCCUUGACUUAUGAAGGGUUUUGCACUUAAGAUGCUUUUUAGUCAUUAUGAGUAUAUAGUUCAUCACUUCCUUUUUGAUCUACCAAACGGACAACUAUCAUCUGUUAAAGCCAGAGGACUGUGAUGGGACUGACAUAUGGAGCUUCAGUGGCUACAUUUUAGUGAAAUAAACCACAGAUUCAAGGUUAUGCAACAAA